CUGCGCGUGCGUUUUUCUUGAUUAUUUUGUAGGUAAACACGUGUGUGAUAGAUUUCUGUUGAAACUAUGGUUAAAAUAACGAAAAAGGAUGCAAAAAUUGCUCAAAAACGAGUGAAGAAAGCAUCCGAUGUGAUUGAUAACAAAUUUGAUCUGAUCAAAACAAUCAACGAAGAUGAAGAAGUUGAAAAUCUCUCCGAGGAGUCGGAUGUUGAAGUUGAGUAUCAACCAACCAAGCUUAAAGCCCAGAAGAAGGGCGAUUUCGACAACAGUUUCAAAUUUGUCUCUUCGGUAAGUGAGUACAACCACGAUACCUGGGAUGACUUGAUGAAGUUUGUCAAGAAAAAGAAUCGCGGCAAGGUGGAUGAUAAAAUCGCCAAUGUUAUCAAGGGACGCUCGAAGGAAAAGGCUGAUGUUUUGAAUGGGGCUAACGACGAGCUGGAUCCAGAUACGUAUCACAAUGAGGUAGAUUUAUCGGACGAUGAGCUGAAACAUGACGUUAUGCGAGUGAAGGAAAAGAAGGGCAGGAAACGGGAAGCACCAACCGAAAAUGACGAAGUUAAAAUUGAACAUGACGGCGAAGAGCAAGCAGACUUUUUCGAAGAAGUCGAACACAAUGAAGAGAUAUCUUCCUUCUACCAAAUGAACUUGUCUCGUCCGUUGAUGAAAGCUAUCGGCGUCCUCGGUUACAUCUAUCCAACCCCAAUUCAAGCCGCAACUAUUCCUAUUGGUUUACUAGGUCGAGAUAUUUGCGGUUGUGCAGCAACGGGUACGGGGAAAACAGCCGCAUACAUGCUCCCAACGUUGGAACGUCUGCUGUAUAAACCAGCUUCGGCCCAAGCCGUUACAAGGGUCCUUGUGUUGGUUCCGACUCGCGAAUUAGGCGCUCAGGUGUAUCAGGUUACAAAACAAUUGACCCAAUUCACUAACAUCGAAGUUGGGAUUGCCAUCGGUGGAUUGGACGUAAAGGCUCAAGAAGCUGUCUUGAGGAGAAAUCCCGAUGUUGUUAUCGCCACACCGGGACGUUUGAUCGAUCACAUUAAAAACACUCCCAGCUUUUCGCUGGAUUCUAUUGAGGUCCUAAUUCUGGACGAAGCUGACCGGAUGCUGGAUGAAUAUUUUGCCGAACAAAUGAAGGAAAUCAUUCAAAGUUGCUGUAAAACACGUCAAACUAUGUUGUUCUCUGCUACGAUGACCGAACAGGUACAGGACUUGGCGGCGGUUUCACUCAGCAAACCCGUCAAAGUGUUUGUUAACAACAAUCAAACGGUGGCUUUCAAUCUGCGGCAGGAAUUUAUUCGAAUUCGUGAUGGACGCGAUGCUGACCGGGAACCUCUGCUGGCAGCAUUGCUCUGCCGAACUUUUCACGAUCACGUCAUGGUUUUUGUACAGACUAAGAAAACAGCUCAUAGAUUGAGAAUUUUGCUUGGGUUACUUGGUAUCAAAGCAGGUGAAUUGCACGGAGACUUGACUCAGUCGCAGCGCCUUGAAUCGCUCAAGCAGUUUAAAGAUGAACAAAUCGAUGUUCUCGUCGCGACGGAUGUUGCUGCACGUGGUCUAGAUAUCAGUGGUGUCAAAACGGUGGUCAACUUCGUAAUGCCAGUAACACUAGAGCACUACAUUCAUCGUGUAGGUCGAACGGCCCGUGCUGGAAAAGCCGGCGUUUCGGUGUCGUUGGCGGGUGAAUUGGAACGAAAGAUUGUCAAGGACAUAAUUAAAAAUGCAAUAAAUCCCGUUAAAAAUCGGAUAAUACCGACGGAAAUUGUUGAAAAAUAUAGGAAGAAAGUUCAAGCAUUAGAAACGGAAAUCGAGAAAGUACUGCAGGAGGAGCGAGCUGAAAAGUUAUUGCGUCAAACAGAACAACAACUCGACAAAACGGAACGGAAGCUUAAAGGUGUCGUUAGCGGUCCUAGCCGAGAAUGGUUUCAGAAUCGUCGAGAUCGUAAGGAAGAACAAGAGCGACUCUCACUAAAGACCGAGAAAGAUACGGAGAACAAGAAAAAGUCUAAAAAACGAAAACGUGGCCACGACAGCGACGACGAUUUUGAUCCAAUCAAAUAUCAGCAAAAUAAGAUGCAGAAAACUGCGAAGAAAAAGGCUGAACCUAACAAAACACCCAGUCAAUUAGCGAAAGAGCGAGCUUUGCAGGAAUUGACCAAAGUAUCGCUGGUUCAGGCUAAACUUGCAAAAAUCAAGAAUCGUCCGCUGCGAGUUACUGCCACUGGCGAUGAGCGUCAUCCAGAAAAGGCUGCUAGUAAACCUGGUGGCAAACGUAAACAUCGAACUUCUCGUUUUGAACGUGAUCUCACCGAUAUAAGCAAGAAAGGAGUGAAAAAGCUAAGAUACGAUGCCACCAAAAAACAAAAAAUGGAUAAAAUGGGUAAAGGUAAAAUGGAUAAAAGUAAAAUGGACGGUAUGAAAAUGAGCGCUGACAAGUUCCGCAACAAAAAAGGGUUUAAUAAGCAAAACAAAGGUAAAGCAUUUGGUCCGAAGCAAUCGAAGAAAGGAAAGCGUUGAAGCAUAGAAACUGUUUAAACAUAUGAAAUAAAGUUAUCAAAAAAUAAA